CCGCCGCCCGGCAUGGGCGGCUUCGUGCCCGGCGGUGCGCCGCCGAUGUUCAGCCCUGGCGGCCGGCCGCCGCCGCCACCGCCGGGCAUGCUCGGAGCGCUGCCGCCGCACGUGCAGCAGCAGCUGAUGGGCAUGCCGCCGCAUGUGCAGCACCAGUUCCUCUCGCAGCACUUUGGCGCGCCCGCCGGCUCUCCAGGCGGCCAGGGUGGCGGCCCGGGCUUCGCAUCGCCGCCGCCGCCGCCGCAGCAGCAGGCGUACGGCUCGCCGCACGCGCACCAGGACAUGCAGCCCUACGGCCACGCCUCGAGCCCGAGCCCUUCCAUGCCGCCUGGCUCGCAGCCGCUCAACGCCGCCGGUCUGAUGGCCAUGCUUGGCCAGCGUCCCAGCGGCAAGAACUAGCGCGCUUCCUCUCGGCAGCGCGGAGCAUAUGCUUUGGCGCAGCGCGCGUCCUCUUCCCGUCUCCAGAACCUGUCGUCCGGUCGUCGGUCCCAUCCCGCCUGUCCACCCUCUUCAAUGUCUCGCCUCGUCCAUGCAUGUGCCCCUGUCGCAGUCCUGCCGCUCAGCUCAGCCCUGUCGAGCCCGCGCCGCGCCAUCCCCAUCUUUCGUGGCGCCACCAUUGCGAAUGCACCUCUCGUUCAUCGCG